AAUACAACAAAAUAAAAUACAAACAGGUUGAUGGGGUGAAUGGGUUUAAUAAAUGAUUUGGAAAAAACUGAUCACAAAUAAUUUCUUUCAAAAUGCAUAAAAGUGAUGUGUGCUAUUGAUUGAUACUGAAAUAAGAUGUAAACCUGAAAGUGUAAUAAAGUCCAUAUUUAAUAGGUAUAAGUCAGUAGGUAUGUUAUAUUGUUAUAUUUACAUUGUGUAAUGGUGGUGAACAAAUGUCAUUCAGACAGACUAGAUCUAAAUAUUCGCAUGCACACGUGUGUAAACACCAUCGUCUCAAUGGGAAUCUUGGUUCUGAUAUGUUUUUUCAAUUGUCAAGCCAAUGAGAGUACAGCGAAUUUUAUUUUGAAAGUUGGGAUCGGAAGUCUUGUCUGCGCUCCUGUGUGUUUUGACACUGGCUGCUGAGUGGCUUGUGUGUGUGUGUGUGUGUGUGUGUGUGUGUGUGUGUGUGUGUGUGUGUGUGUGUGUGUGUGUGUGUGUGUGUGUGUGUGUGUGUGUGUGCGCCCGGCUUCCUGCUGCUGCUCGGUGUCCACACACCGUCCGUCUCGACAGUGUUGAUCGGCUCGCCAUGGCGGAAGGACGCAGAGAACAUCCCCAUCCUCUCCUAUCCUUACCACCGGCCAGCAAGCGACCCUGCCUGCGCCCUGCUCCCCGAGGUCCCGGCCCGGGGCCCGGCCACGGCAGCGGGUUGCCCAGCUCCCGGUAUCGUUCCCCGGAGUCCCUUCUGGACUGCGCCGCGAAGGCAGUAGCGGAAAAGUGGGCCUUCGAGAGAGUAGAGGAGCGCUUCGAGCGGAUCCCGGAGCCCGUCCAGCGCCGCAUCGUCUACUGGUCUUUUCCCCGCAACGAAAAGGAGAUAUGCAUGUACUCUUCGUUUCAGUGCCGAGUCGCCGGCGAGGAGGGUUCGUCGGCGGCUACCGGCGGGGCUGGGGGCACUGGGUCCGGAGCUACAACAGCCGGCGGUGGCGGAGGUUCUGCCGCUGGUACGACGGCUACCGUGGGGGCAGCCGGAGCAGUGGGAACGGGGGACGGACUGCCUUUCCGCCGGGGUAUCAGGCUGCUAGAGACCGGUUGUGUGGAAAACGUUUUACAAGUCGGUUUUCACCUCAGCGGCACAGUAACUGAGCCAGCCACACCAUCAGAGCCAGAGGUCACCCACAAGGUGGCCAUCAGCUUCGACCGAUGCAAGAUCACCUCCGUCACCUGUGGGUGUGGGAACAGAGACAUUUUCUAUUGCGCCCAUGUGGUAGCACUCUCCCUUUACCGGAUUCGGAAGCCCGAACAGGUGAAGCUGCGAUUGCCCAUCUCAGAGACUUUGUUCCAGAUGAACAGAGAUCAGCUGCAGAAGCUGGUCCAGUACCUGAUCACAGCCCACCACACCGAGGUGCUGCCUACCGCCCAGAAACUGGCUGAUGAGAUCCUCUCCUCCAACUCUGAGAUCAACCAGGUCCAUGGUGCACCUGACCCGACUGCCGGCGCCAGCAUUGACGAUGACAACUGCUGGCAUCUGGAUGAGGAUCAAGUCAGGGAGCAGGUCAAACAGUUUCUGUCACAGGGAGGAUACUACGGCUCCGGGAAGCAGCUCAACUCUAUGUUUGCCAAGGUGAGGGAGAUGCUACGAAUGCGAGAUUCCAACGGCGCCCGGAUGCUGACGCUCAUCACGGAGCAGUUUAUGGCAGACCCCCGGUUGUCCCUAUGGAGACAGCAGGGCACAGGCAUGACAGACAAGUGUCGGCAGCUCUGGGACGAGCUGGGUGCAUUGUGGGUGUGCGUGGUGCUAAACCCCCACUGUAAAAGUGAGGAGAAGAGUAGCUGGUUGAAGCAGCUGAAGAAAUGGGGUGACAUGGACGUCUGCCCGCUGGAGGACGGCAACUACGGCAGCGAGCUCCCAAACAUCACCAAUGCUCUGCCGCAGAGCAACUUGGCGCAGGACUCUCUCUCCAGGCCGAGGAGGACGGUGUUCAGCCGGGCGGUGGAGGCCUGCGACCUCCACUGGCAGGACAGCCACCUACAGAGGAUCAUCAGCAGUGACCACUACAUGUCUCCAUCCUACCAGAGAGAGGGCGAGAGCCUGCUGUUCAACCCACAGGGCCUGCCACUCUGGCUAGACCACGUCCCGACAGCAUGUGCUCGCGUUGACGCCCUGCGUUCCCACGGUUACUCCAGGGAAGCCCUGCGAUUGGCCGUUGCAAUCAUCAAUACGCUUCGCCUUCAGCAGCAGAGACAAAUGGACAUCUACAAACACCAAAAGAAAGAGCUUCUCCAGAGGGGCGUAACUUCCACCACCAACCUGGAAGGCUGGGUGGGGCAUCCCUUAGACCCAAUUGGCUGUCUGUUCACAACACUAACCGAAACCUGCCGCGUGGACGACGACAACACCAUGGACACUGGAGAGGGUGACCCCAGGCCUCCGGUCUACCACCAUGUACCGGUGUGGGGCAGUCCUGAUGGAGGGGAGUCUUACCUGACUUUGGCCUUAGAGGUGGCUCUGAUGGGUAUGGGCCAGCAGAGGAUAAUGCCAGAGGGCCUGUACGCUCAGGACAAGGUGUGUCGUAAUGAGGAGCAAAUUGUUGCAAAACUGCAAGAACUAGAGCUGGACGAUCUCCUGGUUCAGACUCUGCGGAAACAGGCCAUACAGCUGCUAGAAGCUGGUCCAUUCAGCGGUCUAGGUGAGGUCAUCCACAGGGAGAGUGUUCCCAUGCACACGUUCGCCAAGUACCUCUUCUCUGCCUUGCUGUCACAUGACGCAGACCUGGCCUACAAGGUGGCUCUGCGCGCCAUGAGGCUGCCGGUGCUGGAGUCAUCAGCAGGCUCCGGGGACGUGGGCCACCCUCAUCACGGCAUCUCCAUAGUUCCAAGCAGAUACCCGCGCUGGUUCACACUGGGACACCUGGAGUCACAGCAGUGUGAGCUGGCCUCCACCAUGCUCACUGCUGCUAAAGGUGACAUGUUGAGGUUGCGGACGGUGCUGGAGGCCAUCCAGAAAAACAUCCACUCCUCUUCCUUAAUCUUCAAACUGGCCCAGGACGCCUUUAAGAUCGCCACACCCGCAGACAACCCGCCUGAUAUAACUCUGCUCAACGUGGCACUGGAGCUAGGACUGCAGGUGAUGAGGAUGACUCUGUCCACACUGAACUGGAGAAGGAGAGAGAUGGUUCGCUGGCUGGUAACCUGUGCCACUGAAGUCGGUCUGCGGGCGCUGGUGAGCAUCUUACAGAGCUGGUACACUCUCUUCACACCGACAGAGGCCACCAGCAUCGUGGCAGCCACCGUCAUGUCCCACAACACCAUCCUGCGCCUCAGCCUCGACUACCCACAGCGCGAGGAGCUGGCCAGCUGUGCCCGGACCCUGGCCCUGCAGUGCGCCAUGAAGGACCCCCAGAACUGCGCUCUGUCAGCACUGACGCUCUGCGAGAAGGACCACAUCGCCUUCGAGACGGCCUACCAGAUCGUGAUCGAUGCAGCCUCCACGGGUAUGACUUACUCUCAGCUGUUCACCAUCGCAAGGUACAUGGAACACAGAGGAUAUCCGCUGCGCUCCUUCAAGUUGGCCUCCCUCGCCAUGACCCACCUUAACCUGGCUUACAACCAGGACACACACCCAGCUAUUAAUGACGUGCUCUGGGCCUGCGCACUCAGCCACUCUCUGGGUAAAAAUGAGCUUGCAGCCAUUAUUCCCCUGGUGGUAAAGAGCGUGCACUGUGCCACGGUGCUGUCUGACAUCCUGCGGCGGUGCACCAUGACGGCACCGGGCCUCGCCGGCAUUCCCGGGAGAAGGAACUCUGGGAAGCUGAUGUCAACAGACAAGGCACCGCUGCGGCAGCUCCUGGACGCUACAAUCUCGGCGUACAUCAACACCACGCACUCUCGACUGACGCACAUCAGUCCACGGCAUUACGGAGAGUUCAUAGAGUUCCUGAGCAAAGCACGGGAGACUUUUCUGCUGGCACAGGACGGCCACAUUCAAUUCGCCCAAUUCAUAGACAACCUGAAACAGAUCUACAAGGGCAAGAAGAAACUGAUGAUGUUGGUCAGGGAGCGCUUCGGCUGACCUUACCCCUCCCUCACAGGGACCCUCUUCUUGGAAAGUAGUUAAACUUAUUUGUUUCUAUUUAAGGUUUUUUGGAUUCCUUGUAUUUUUACUUCUUAUGUUGAGCCAUUUGUUGACUUCAGUCUUAAGUUUUUGUCCUGUUUUGUUGUUUUGUUUCUUGAAUGUGAACCAGGAAGUGUUCGCAGUGCAUUGCUCUACUUCAUUGAGACUGCAAAAGGGGGAAAACGGCUUGAAAUGUUAAAAAAACAACAGCAAAAACAAAGUAUUUUCUCCUCAAACUCAUGUUAAAUCUUGUAUGAAAAGUCAAAAGAUCGUGGUGGGGGAAAAAAAAACAAAAAGGAAAAGAAUUUUAAUUUUUCAGUGGCACAUGACGAUUUAAAAACCAAAAGCUUUUGUUGGAUGGGGUACUUACUUUGAGCCAGAAGACACUUUCAGCUGGGGUUAACGAGGAGAGACGGGGACAUGGUUUUCUGAGUGGAAGGAAAAUGUCAUUCCAAAAGGAGGGAAAACACCCACUGAGGAGCAAAACACAUAUAGUGUUACUGUCAUACCUCGACUGUGUUAUUUGUCAGCUUUAACUUCUCUAUCAGAAAUGGCCUCUUGUUUCAUUCAGGGCAUCUUAGAGUAGAGAGGGCAGAAUACAGAACUACACAUGUGGUCUCUCUGUAAGAGAAGCCAGUAUCACCAGGUCUUGACUGAAGCCACUCUAGACUAGCUCCCAUCCUCUACACCUGCUGGUCAGUGCUUUUCCUUAAGAAUAUCGUCAGAGGAAGAACCAUAUUGCUUCACAGAGUGCAUGUUUUCAAAUCCACAAGCCUGAGAGUGACAUUAUCCAGGCUGUUCUAGCUAAGUAGACUAGUUGAGGCUCCAUGUGCACAUAUAUAUAUAUAUACACAGUAUAUCUCGUAUGUCCUCCUGUAAGCUUGUUAACAGUGACAUUACACGACUGUGAUGAAUGGAGUGGUCACAGUAUUCCCAUCUCCAGAGAUACCACUGCACUGCUGUACAGCUAUUUGUGGCCAAAACCAUUUAAAUCUAUAGGACUCCAGCAGUCACCUUUCACUUGCUAGAUCAAGAUUUAGUCAACAAGCAAUACAAGUCAAGUCAAAUGCGCUUCAUUUUUAUCACCCAGCGGCAUUAUUUUCACCUUCUUGUAUUUGUUUGGAAGCUUUGGGACAUGUUGUUGCUUUCAUUGACUGUUAGUUGUUAACUCUGCAUGUAGCUAAAGCCCCUUUUCCAUCUCAAGAACUAUUUAAUGUGCAGAAAUCUGGUUCCUAUUUUGACUCUUUUAGUCAUGGUUCCUAAAUUUAAAGCCCUGGCAGACAAUAUGUACUUUUUGCACACAAAUCCCAUCAAAAGAUUAUUUUUAAUUAAUCUUGUCAAACUUCACAUUAACCACUGAUUAUGCGUAACAUGUUAGCAGCCAACUCCCUCGACUCUGCUAAGCUUUUUGACUUAAUUUAGCAGACUGUUUUGAUUUUUAUGGCAAACUGUAGCAGGUAGCUGUUGCUAGCAAAAAAGUUAACUGACUGUACACUGGCUGUCUAGCACCAAAUAGUAGACGGCUAGCUAGCUAGUAAAUAUAGUGGACACUCUAGCUGCUAAUGAGUCAAUGGAGAUAAAAUAAAGCUCCGUGUCUGCUGGAUUCGUAAAAUUAGCAAAUUAGCAUCAGACGUAGCAUCUUUGUGUGUCAGUGUUGUGGCCAUGGCUUGUUCCACUGCCUCCAACUGUCCUAAAAGAAUCAAUUAACAGUUGGUGAAGUUUUGUUUGAUGAGCAAAAAAAAUGAACUGUUGCUAAUUGCAGUAAUCGCACUUGUCCCCGUCAUGGCUAGAGUAAAACUGAACAUGAUAACGCAGUUGUUCCUGAAUGUUUUUUAAUUUGUGUGAUGGAAAAGAGACUGUAGUUACUAAAGCGGCUGUCCUGUAAAUGCUAUUGGUUGUGAUUAUUGUGGACUAAGAAGACAAGCGGUGUUGUCUUUCACACAAAAAAAACCCCACAGUAUGUUUUAUGAUUUGAUGACAUAAUCAUAUAUAUUUGAGACCACACGCCUUGGCACAGGAAGUCAUUUUUCUUUAUGAGGGAUGCUUUUGCUCUCUGGUCUCACCCAGUGGUAGAGUGUUGUUGUUAAUGGCCGUAUACAGUACAGCAAGAGCUUGAAUCUUUACUGGACUAAAUGUCAUCGUGCAAGCACUUCACACAAAUACCUCUUCAGUACGUUCCUGCCUGCUUCAGCAUUUAUUUAUUGAUUGUUUGGUAACUUUUGUAUGACUGAGUAGGAAUCGCAGACGCACGAAAAAGAACACGGCGAGUGAGUCAGCCUGUUGACGGCAGAACGAUAAAAGAAAAAGGGGUUUCUUUGACUGCAGGAACAUUUUCUUGUCUGCUUUUACAUUCCAUGAGAGCUACCUUCACCCACUACCCAGGUAGUCAGUCACAACUCUGGGCCUUUUUGAUCUGAAGAAACGCAGAUAGAAUAGGGAAAAAAGGAAAACUGAGCAAAAGAAAGAAAAGAGAGGCUUAACUCAGUUCUCAGGGACAUCACUUAAAGAAACAAAACAAAAAGUAGUAGCAUUAAGCAUUUAAGAUAUUGUAAAUAUUAAAGUGUCAAUUCAGAAAAUUGUAAAGUUAUAAUUAUUUAUGAUAAGUAUGUUAUGUGUUUGUUUUUUUAUUUUUUAUUUUUUUUGUUCUUUGGCGGGGGUGUACUUGAACUGUUUUGGAUGGGGGAAUUUGACAGCGUUUUUUUUGUAAGAGCAAAGACUUCAAGGCAUUUCUCAGGUGCUCCUGUGUACAUUUCUUUCUGUUCGUUUUUUUGCUAUAAUAACUAUUAUUUGUAUUUUUAUUUUUUAUUUUUUGAUUUGCAAAGAAAAAAUAAGUGUGUUCCAAAAGGAGAGGAUGAAAAUGAGGAAGGCAUUCAUUUGUGAACGGAUACGUACUAAACCUGACUAUGCAGAACCUCGACGAUGGUCUUGUCACCUCUUUAAAGAUGUCCCCGAAAAACUUAAAGGUGCGGAAGUGGACUGAACCACUAUUAAAGAGGAGGGGGUGGGGUGGGGGUGCAAAAGUGAGACCAAGCAUGCUUGGAUUUGGACAAUGCGCAGUAGCCAUCCUGCAUACGCUGCAACAUAUAGAGGAGAGGGAAAAAAAUUGAAAAUGGUGGGAAAUGCCUUUGUGAUCGAUCAAUGUACAAAGUUUAUUUUUGCUUUACUUCUUUGUUGGUUUUAUUUAAUCAGGACUCAAGCCUUUAGUGUCUUCUCAGAGGUGCCGAGUCAUGUGGCGGCGCUGCAGUGAGACAGAACAAUACACAAAUUUCAAGAGAGUCUGAAACAGCAACUGUAUGAACAAAAGAGAUGGCCUGUGGAUGACCUUGUGUUCAUUCCUCAUUGUAACUCGUUUCUUCUUUGUUUAUUGCUUUCUCAACUCCCCUCAGCCUCCAAAGUUGGCUGUGUUUACCUCUUUGAUCUCAUCACCAUAGUUUCUCUUUUCUAAUCUUCAGUUGUCCGCCGCCUCUUUCCGCCUCACACAGGAAUGACUGUAGUUCGAAGCGAUGCAGCGAUGUGUCCAGCUUUCAGCGUGGCCGCUUCCUCUCUUGACCAACAGCAGCCAAUGUUUCUUUUUACAGAAAAAGGAUAAAAAAAAAGAGGUUGAAUUAAUAUUUCUCGGCUGCUACGUUAGCAUAAUAAGGCUGUUUUCCUGAGUCGUAGAUGAUGGAGGGAUUACAUUCUACCACCUGCUUAACUUGGAAGCCUCAGCCGACUGCCUUUUGUGUGAUGCAUUCACAAACAGCAUUACAACAAAGACGUUCCACCGUCUAACUUAAUCUCUGUUUUUCAGUCUGUGUUAACUGUAUCAGCCAGUUCCUGAGGUUUUCUCAUUUCUCCCCUUUCAGUCAUUCUUUCUUUCUUUCUUUCUUUCUUUCUUUCUUUCUUUUGUAGGAGAGUACUAUUUGCUGGUAGAUAUCUAGUUCACCUACUGUUUCCUGGGUUGUUUUGUUUUGGAUUCUCUCUAACUUAAGGGAAAAUUGAAAGUGUUUGUUGCCUCUUUGUGCUACUGAUUAUGAAAAGGUAUUUCCAGUAUUUGUUGCCACAGAAGUAUGAUAGUUUAUCAUCAACACUCGUUUUGUUUUCUGUUUUUUUUUUAAUUUGUAAUUUUUUUGUGCAACUUCUUGAGCUACUGUCUAUAAAGCGAGAAUUUAUUACUAUUUAUGUAACGCUACUACCAUUUUAUAUUGAUUUGUGUUGGAAUCUCAGUGCUUUUCUAUGAAUAAAGUGUGAAACACGUUA